AGAAAGGGUGUGGGUUGCGUUGUGUUGUCCGCCUGUUGGUCCAUCGGUUGUCGCGCCCACCCUCACGAGCGUUUCUUCAUCUCUCUCUUCUCUGCACCACUUGUAUUUCAUCUCCCAUUUCUAUACACCAAUCAUCUCUUUCUCUCUCUGAAACUCACCACCAAUUCACCCAUGCUCAGAUUCUUCCACCCCCUCACCAACAGUUAAACAAAACAAAUCCCCAUCCCCAAUAGCAACCAAAUCUCUAAACCAAUUCAAACAUGAAACGUGACUACCCAAAUCAAAACCACACCCUCUUCCCCGGCUCCAGCAGCUCCACUCCUCCCCUCCUUCCCGAUCUGACCGGUAAAUCAAAGAUGUGGGACGAAUUCAAUGAACAAGACGCCGGAGAUGACGAGCUGCUAGCAGUUCUCGGCUACAAAGUCAAGUCAUCCGACAUGGUUGACGUCGCGCAAAAGAUCGAACACCUGGAGGGCGUUUUAUCCAACGAUGAUGGCUUGUCACAGAUGGCUUCCGAUUCGGUUCACCAAAACCCAUCCGAUCUAUCUUCAUGGCUUGAAUCCAUGAUCUGCGAGCUGAACCCUGUGGUUCAAGUUCAGCUACCUGGAAGUGGAAGUAUCGCUGGCUCGUUAGUAGGUACGAGUACGUCCCCCGGAAGUGCCGGAGUAGAUGACCUCCAAGCGAUCCCGGGGGACGCUAUUUAUCCUCCAACAAAGAAACAAAAAUCUUUAUCGGAGGAUAAUGGUAACAAAACAUACUCUCCAAACCCAAUUGUUAUUAUAGACUCACAGGAAAACGGUAUACGGCUGGUACACACUCUUAUGGCCUGUGCUGAGGCCGUACAACAAGACGACAUGAAACGGGCUGAAACGCUAGUGAAACAGGCUGGGUAUUUAGCCGUGUCACAAGCCGGUGCGAUGCGGAAAGUAGCAACCUAUUUUGCGGAAGCUUUGGCUCGGAGGAUCUAUAGAUUGUAUCCGAAAUCACCGCAGGAUGCUCCAGCCUUUCGAGAUCUUCUUCAGAUGCAUUUUUAUGAGACGUGCCCCUACCUUAAAUUCGCUCAUUUUACGGCGAAUCAGGCGAUAUUAGAAGCUUUUGCGGGCAAGAAGAAGGUUCAUGUGAUUGAUUUUAGCAUGAAACAAGGGAUGCAGUGGCCCGCGUUGAUGCAGGCGUUGGCUCUUCGCCCUGGCGGUCCUCCUACCUUUCGGCUAACCGGAAUCGGCCCUCCCUCAGGUGAUAACACGGAUCAUUUGCAGGAAGUCGGAUGGAAACUGGCGCAAUUGGCGGAUACGAUUCAUGUUGAGUUUCAAUAUAGAGGAUUUCUGGCAGAAAGUUUAUCCGAUCUAGAACCGGCUAUGCUUGAGUUACGAGAAGAUGAAGUUGUUGCGGUGAACUCGGUGUUUGAAAUGCAUGAGUUGUUGGCUCGGCCAGGGGCGGUGGAGAAGGUGUUGUCCGCGGUGAAGGAGAUGAAGCCGGAGAUUUUAACGGUGGUUGAGCAAGAAGCUAAUCAUAACGGACCGGUGUUUCUGGAACGGUUUACUGAGUCGUUACAUUAUUAUUCGACUUUGUUUGACUCGCUUGAGAGCAGCGGCGGUGGUGGUUCGGUUGAAAGUGGUGGCGUUGCGGCUGCGAAUAAUCAGGAUAAGAUUAUGUCUGAGGUGUAUCUCGGGAAGCAGAUCUGUAAUGUGGUGGCGUGUGAAGGGACGGACCGAGUUGAACGGCAUGAGACGUUGGCUCAAUGGAAGACUCGGUUUGACUCGGCUGGGUUUCAACCGGUUCAUCUCGGGUCAAACGCCUACAAGCAAGCUAGUAUGUUGCUCGCUUUAUUCGCUGGCGGUGAUGGCUACCGAGUGGAGGAAAACGACGGCUGCUUGAUGCUCGGAUGGCAUACUCGGCCGCUCAUCACCACGUCGGCUUGGAAACUCCGGUGAAAUCGGCUGAGUCAACUCGGCCGGCUUGGAAACUCAGGUGGAAUUGACUGAGUCAACUCGGAUGGAUGAAAAGAUAUUGAAAGUUGCUGAGUUGGAAAACUAGACUCAGUAGGUGGGGACCGCUUGCCUGCCUGUUUGGGGUUUUUAUUUAUUUAUUUACCAAAGUAAUAUUUAAGUUUUAGUUUCUUAUUUAAAAUUUGUAGUUGGGGGUUAAAAUUGGAGUUAAGGUGAAAGUUGUGUGAGUGGUAUGGAAUGUUGUAAUAUUCUCAAGGGGUUGAAUGGAAAUAGGGUCAAAUGUGUUUAUAAUAUGCAACUUGGUUUUCAUAAAGUCAAAGCUUGCAACUUUAGUUUGAUCUAAAGUUCUUGAACUUUGUAAACAAAUUAUGUAAUGACUUUUUUUUCUGUUCAUUUUAUGUAAAGUUAAUAAAUUUGAUAGUA